AUGGAUUCACAAGCCAAAAUCGACAAGAAAUCUUUAGCACCCGACGUAGCUGUUAGUGCCGUCUUGGUACCAAGUCAAGAGCUUCCUGCAGAAACUCCAAUAGUUUCAGGGUAUAACUGGGAAAAUGGUACUGAUUACAACAAAAUACUCGAGAGCUACGCACGCUCCGGUUUUCAGGCUACUAACUUCGGGAAAGCUGUCGAUGAAAUCAAUAAAAUGCUAAAAUGUCGAUCGAUACCUUUAACUGAAGAAACAAGUGAUCCAUAUGAAGAAGAUAUAUUUAUUAAAAAGAAAACGAAUUGCACUAUUUUUCUAGGGUACACCUCAAAUAUGAUUUCAUCUGGCUUACGAGACACGAUUCUAUUUUUGGUUAAGAAUAAACUUGUAGAUUGUAUUGUUACUACUGCAGGUGGUGUCGAGGAAGAUUUUAUAAAAUGUCUCGCUCCAACAUAUAUUGGAGAUUUCAAUUUGAGUGGUAAAAUGCUUAGAACAAGGGGUAUAAACAGAAUUGGUAAUCUUUUGGUGCCAAAUGAUAAUUACUGUUUAUUUGAAGAGUGGGUCACUCCACUAUUAGAUGAAAUGUUAGAUCAACAAAUGCAAGAUGGAAUAGUUUGGUCUCCUUCAAGGAUUAUAGCUAGAUUGGGUGAGAAAAUAAAUAAUGAAAACUCUGUAUGUUAUUGGGCAUGGAGGAAUAAUAUUCCAAUUUUCAGUCCAGCUUUGACAGAUGGUUCACUAGGAGAUAUGAUGUAUUUCCACUCAUAUAAAAGACCAGGGCUUAUUAUUGAUAUCUUGGGUGAUUUGCGCAGGCUAAACACAAUGGCUGUAAAAGCAAACAACACUGGUAUGAUCAUUUUAGGAGGAGGGAUAAUCAAGCACCAUAUAUGUAAUGCAAAUUUGAUGAGAAAUGGUGCUGAUUUUGCAGUUUAUGUAAAUACAGCAAGUGAGUUCGAUGGCAGUGACUCCGGAGCUAGGCCUGAUGAAGCUGUUUCUUGGGGAAAGAUUAGAACAAAUGCCACUCCAGUGAAAUUGUAUGCUGAUGCUACACUUGUAUUUCCAUUGCUUGUAGCUCAAACCUUUGCUAAAUACUAUUUUAGUAAUAAAAAGAAUGUU